AUGGAAAUGGAUAGCAAAAACAAUACUCAGUUGAUUAAAGAUAGAAUGAGAGAAGAAGCCAAGUUGUUGCAGAAGGAGUGGGAUACCAAUCCAAGAUGGAAGGGUGUCCAACGUGAUUACACUGCAGAGGAGGUCGUCCGUCUUCGUGGAUCGUUCAGAGAGGAAUACACCAUUGCCCACAAGGGUGCCGAGAAGCUUUGGGAGAUGUUGAACGAUAAGAACAGCUUUGUUCCGGCAUUGGGUUCGCUCACCGGUAACCAAGCCGUGCAGAUGGUUCGCUCCGGACUAAAGUCAAUCUAUUUGAGUGGUUGGCAGACUGCCGCCGACAACAACACCUCCGGUCAGAUGUAUCCAGAUCAGUCGUUGUACGCCGUAAACAGUGUUCCAGAGCUGGUCAGAAGAAUCAACAAUGCCCUGAGACGUCGUGAUCAAAUCGAAUGGAGCGAAGGAAACUUGGAACACAGCUACUUGCCAACUCCAAUCGUUGCCGAUGCUGAAGCCGGUUUCGGUGGUCCUUUGAACGCCUUUGAGCUCAUGAAGAGCAUGAUUGAAGCCGGUGCCUCUGGUGUCCACUGGGAGGACCAGCUCGCCUCUGAGAAGAAGUGCGGUCACAUGGGUGGAAAAGUCUGUAUUCCAACCAGCCAACACAUUAGAACACUUACCGCCGCUCGUUUGGCUGCCGACGUCAUGGGUACCCCAACCAUUAUCGUUGCCAGAACCGAUUCGCUCGGUGCCAACCUCUUGACUACCGACAUUGACUCAAGAGACAAGAAGCACCUGAAUGGAAAGAGAACCAUCGAGGGUUACUUUGAGGUGAACAAGGGUAUCGAAGUUGCCAUUGACCGUGCCCUCGCCUACGCCCCAUACGCCGAUCUACUCUGGAUGGAAACUUCCACUCCAAACAUUGAGCUCGCCAAGAAAUUCGCUGAAGGAAUCCACGCUAAAUACCCAGGAAAGUUGCUCGCCUACAACUGCUCGCCAUCGUUCCACUGGAAGCAACACUUGUCGUCGGAGCAGAUCGCCACCUUCCAACAGGAUCUCAGUAAGCUCGGUUACAAAUUCCAAUUUAUUACACUCGCUGGUUUCCACGCUUUGAAUCUCUCGAUGUUCGAAUUGGCACACGAAUACGUAUCAAAGGGUAUGACUGCCUACGUCAAGCUCCAAGAGAAGGAGUUCUCACUGGAGAAGAUGGGAUACACUGCCACUCGUCACCAACGUGAAGUCGGUACCGGUUACUUUGACAACGUUUCACAGGUUAUCUCUGGUGGUAAAUCAUCGACACUUGCACUGGUCGGUUCAACCGAGGAAGAACAAUUCGACGAACACCACGUAGAAUCUCACAAGAAAAAGAAAGUUGAACAACCAUCCAACGGACAUCACUCCACAACCGCACAAGUUUAA